AUGUCGGAAUCACCCCGAUCCGAGAAGGACCUGUGCCUCACCCGAUUCAGCACUCCAGAGUUGGAUAAUCACCGCUACCAAAUGAACCCUCCCCGCAUUGAGGCCACCAUGGAGCCUUCGAGAAAUCAACACAGUAUGGAUCUGGUGGGACCGAAGGGGGAGACGUUGGAACGACCUGACCUCCUGCAGGCCCAGGAUGCGCUUCGUGAUCCAGGCCCAUUGUUCCGAGACUUUGAGCAGGCCGUUGUGGAUGACUCGGAUAAUGAAGGUCGGCGCUACUCGGUCGAUCCCGCGGCCCAAUUCCACUCGCCACGCCGCAUCAGUGUCGGUCAACAAGAUCAUGCCUCCCGAAAGUCAUCUGUGUCGGCUCGGUCUUCGUCGCCUCCCAAUUCGGUAGAGGCUUUUGCUGACCCCCGUCGCCGAGAGCGAGCCAACACACUUGACAGCCAUGCGCCUCCGGAUCUGGAGGCCAUGUUGCAACGUACAGUCUCGGGAGGUACUCAUCCUAGGCGCCCGACCUUUAGCAAUGCCAGCAUCAUCCGGCCUCAACCGGGUGAUGUGACCGAUGCGGCAGAGGAGGCAUGCGUCCACACUUACGAUGAACCUGGUCGGAUCCCCGUUAUCGACUAUGAGGAGCUGGAGGAAUUCGUCGCGCUGAACCAACAAGCGAAGGAGAGAGCACUCGCCAUUCGUCGCCAGCAAAGUGUGAGCUCCCAGAACAAGGGCCCUCGCAUGUUUUACGUUCAGCGUCCUGGUGAGAAGAUCAUCGACAUUGAUGAGAUCAAGAAGUCGGACUCGGCCGACUCAUCCGAUACAUACCGCGCUCCCGAGUCGGAGGCAUUCCCUCAGAUUGAGGACGAGAAGCAGUCGUUGGAGAAGCUCCAGAACAUCAACCAGCCUACUCGAUUUGGGUUCUUCUCGUCCGAAUCUCAGACGACGGUGCACGCGGCGGACCUGGGAGAUUUGGUGUUCCCUGGUGACAGCUUCCGCGAUCUUUUCCAACUGGGCCCUGAGGGUGGUGUUUGGUGGCUCGAUGUGGUCAAUCCCACUGAGGAGGAGUUGGGCGCUAUCUCCCGAGCAUUCUCUAUUCACCCUCUUACCACGGAGGAUAUUUUGACCCAGGAAGCUCGUGAGAAAGUUGAGCUUUUCAAGCAGUACUACUUUGUCUGUUUCCGUACUUUCUACCAGAUGGAUAAGACCAGUGAGGAGUUUCUCGACCCUGUCAACUUCUACAUGGUUGUUUUCCGCGAUGGAGUCUUGACCUUCUCUUUCGAGGAGAACCCCCAUGCCUCCAACGUCCGGAAGCGUAUUGGAAAACUACGUGACUACGUUUCGCUUAGUAGUGAUUGGAUUUGUUAUGCCAUGAUUGACGACAUCGUCGAUAGCUUUGGCCCUGUGAUUCGAGAUGUGGAACUCGAAUCUGAGGCGAUUGAAGACCAUGUCUUCAUCGCUCGUGUCGACGACUUCGAGUCCUUCUUGCCACGAAUUGGUGGUCUGCGCAAGAAGGUUAUGAGCUUGAUGCGUCUGUUGGGUGGCAAGGCGGAUGUUAUCCGCGGAUUCUCCAAGCGCUGUAAUGAGCAAUAUGCUAUGACCCCUCGUGGUGACAUUGGCCUUUACUUGGGUGAUAUUCAGGAUCACGUUGUGACCAUGAUGUCCAACUUGGCUCACUUUGAGAAAAUGCUGAGCCGGUCACACACCAACUAUCUUGCUCAGCUGAACGUCACCAACUUGGUGCUGGGUAAUCAUGUCAACAAGGUUCUUAGCAAGGUGACCCUCAUUGCCACGAUCUUGGUCCCAAUGAACCUCAUCUGCGGUCUCUUUGGUAUGAACGUCGAAGUUCCUGGAAAGAACGCCGAGGGCCUGGGAUGGUUCUUCGGAAUUAUCGGUGUGAUGGGAGGCAUUGUUGUUGUUAGCAUGAUUCUCGCUCGGUGGCAGAAGCUGGUUUAG